UAGCUCAUUUAUCGAUUGUUAGUAUUACAAUCCAGGAUGAUAGUAAUAUUGUUUUUUCCGCCUUAUGGUAACCACUUUUCUCAUUUUUUGAAAAAAAUUUUCUGAGGAUAGUACGCGGUAAAUUUGUAUGGACUCCGAGGCACCGAAUUUCUGACAUUGUUUGACUGGAUUCAACAACCGGAACCUGUUGUUGUUGUUGGGCGAUAUGGGCGAGGGACUAGAAAACUGCGACGUCCAACAAACAACGCAAUGGCUGACGAGCCUCGGGCUCACUCAAGAUUAUGGCGACACACUCAGAGAGCACAACGUGAAUGGCGCAAAGCUACUGGAAGUCGAUAACGUCCUCUUGGAUGAGUGGUAUAUUCAUUCUGGAGCUGACCGGUUGAAGAUCUUACAAAGCGUUCUCGACGUGCGGGAACAGAUGGCGGCUUCGAGGCGCUUUCAUUUGGGUGUGACGAUCGAGGACGUGUACAAAGACAGUGGGAUGAUGAUGAUUAGGCGAGGAUUAGAUCCGAUAGGAGAGGAGGACGAGGAGGCAGAUGAGUCGGCGUCUAGUAGGAUAAAAGCCGUGCAGAAUGCGAGGAGAGUCGAGUCUGUGGGAGCUACUAGUUUGAGCGUGGAGAGACGCGAAGUGAAGAGAGACGGGAAAGAGAGUGUGGAUGUGUUGGCGGGAGAGAAUGUGACGUUACGGAGGAAGCUGGAGGAAAGCGAAAGGAGACUGAGUCGCUUAGUGAAGUUUGAAGUUGAGAUGACACAGUUACAUAAAGCAUACGAGACGCUUGAGUCACAAGGAGCAAAGAGAGAAAAACUAGAGAUGGCAAUGAGGGCGAGACUUGAGGCCGAAGUGAAGCGUCUAAGAGAUACAAACCAGUUGCUGCAGGCUGAAAUGGAAUCUCAAAUGACUGCUUCCUCUGCUAAUUUGGAUGAAAUCAGCUACAAGCUAUCUGAACGUGAUCAAACAAUCGUAACCAUCUCCAACAGAUUGGCGACAUCACAGGCGGGAUGUGAACAGCUUCAACAACAGUUGCGGCAAUGCCAGUCACAACUUGCAGAGAGGACGGUUGAGUUGGAACGCACACAGCAAGAGCUGGAGACAGCAAGAGAUGAUAUAGAAACACUCAAGGAUGAUUUGCUGAAGAAGAGUGCUUUGUCUGAGCGUGUUUACUCACUACAAGAAGCACUGGCAUCACUUCAUGAAGCAACAGAGAAGAGAGAGGCAUUAGAGGAAUCGUUAAGAUGGAGAAUGGAGCAGGAAAUCAAGAAACUGAAGAAAGAACGGCAAGCAAAUUGGAGGAAAAGUGCGCCUAUUAUCAAUCCUAUUGCUCUAGACAUGAAUGGCCAGUCAGCAAGCCCACCUGAAGAAGCAGCAGCCCAUCAACUAUGGCACUCACCCAACCCACCAUCUUCCAACAGCAAAGCAUCCCCUUUCUCACACAACACGGCAACGGACCAGAAAGUCUCACAGCUCGAUCUCGCGGUAAAAUCGCUUCAAGCCGUCGUCCGUAGGAAAGAGCAGGAAGUCGAAAUGCUAGAAAAACAAACAGUCGGCGUGCAAGAAUGGUUAUCUCCCGAACCCCCCUUAUUAUCAGUCAUCCCACCAUCACCACAGGCAGUGGGCAGCCCCUCUCUCCGUCCAGCACUGCAUUCAACUCCCAAUCCAGUGUCAAGAAUCCAACAACAACAGCAGCAGUUAGUGCCACCACAGCAAGGGAACUCAUUUUACGGAUCAACGUCAGAUGGGAUUAUAUAUGAAGGAGAAGCUUUGGAAGUUUAAUGAAGUGAAUUUGUAUGUAAGUUGAUAUUAAUUAAUAAGUUGUAAUUUAUAGGGAUUAUUGAAGUAUGACAGGAGGGAAUAGCCUGCAUUUUUAUCAGUCAGAUGUCUAGAGGUAGUCGUAGAGUGCGGAGUACACAUUGAGAUGUAUGGUCGACUUCUGGCGCUUUCAUGUAGUUUAGAGUUUUAUAAAGCGUAGGCUACUAUCCAUGUUUAUAAGAUUAUUUGUAUUGUGUAUUUUAAAGAGACAAUUGACGUGAUUAAGGCGGACACAGUGACUGGUGUCUAUA